UUUAACUCCCCCAUGCUAGGGUGGAAUUUAUGUGCUCACACUUCUGGAUACAUUUGCAGCUGGGACUUCAAUAUUGUUUGCUGUUUUAAUGGAGGCGAUUGGAGUUUCCUGGUUUUAUGGUGUAGAUAGAUUCAGUGAAGAUAUCCAACAAAUGAUGGGCUUCAAGCCAGGCCUCUACUGGAGACUGUGCUGGAAGUUUGUUAGCCCUGCUUUUCUGUUGUUUGUUGUAAUAGUCAGCAUAAUAAACUUCAAACCUCUGACCUAUGAUGACUACACCUUCCCUCUCUGGGCAAAUCGCAUUGGCUGGGGAAUAGCUUUAUCUUCAAUGAUACUUGUGCCUGCCUAUAUUAUCUAUAAAUUUAUGAAUGUGCGUGGGACCUUUAAAGAAAGACUAGCUUACUGCAUCACACCUGAAAAUGAACACCAGCUCGUGGCCCAAGGAAAUGUCAGGCAGUUUAAGCUUCAACACUGGCUAACAAUAUGACAACCAACAGGUUGAGGG